AUGGAGGGCGCAUCCAGACAAACAUCAAGGAUUCUUCGAUCCCGAGGCACAAACCUGCUAGCACAGCAGAGUCGCCUCCCACGACCAGUUACCCGGACACGCCUGACCACGACACAAAGCCGAGCACUCUCAAAUUCGAAUCGCAACCUUGCCCCCGAGUCUCUAUUUACCCAAUUCGGAGGUACUUCUACUGCAUCUCACAAUCAACCCUCUGGUACUCCCACCACCUACUUUACGAGUCGACCCACACUCCCCGCAAACACGAUUGUGCGAUUCGUGCCGCAGCAGACAGCAUGGAUCGUUGAGCGCAUGGGCAAGUUCCACCGGAUCCUUGAGCCUGGUCUUGCCAUUCUUGUCCCAUUUCUCGACCGCAUUGCCUAUGUUAAGAGCUUAAAGGAGUCCGCGCUGGAGAUACCGAGCCAGAAUGCAAUCACCGCGGAUAAUGUUACGUUGGAGCUAGAUGGUGUACUCUACACACGAGUUUUUGAUGCAUACAAGGCUAGCUACGGCGUUGAGGAUGCGGAAUACGCCAUCUCCCAACUUGCACAGACAACCAUGCGAUCCGAGAUCGGUCAGUUGACCCUCGAUCACGUCCUCAAGGAGCGUGCCACACUCAACACAAAUAUCACACAAGCGAUCAACGAAGCCGCUCAAGACUGGGGUGUUGUAUGUCUGCGAUACGAGAUCAGGGAUAUCCACGCGCCGGACGGCGUUGUGGCAGCUAUGCAUCGCCAAGUUACCGCAGAACGAUCCAAGCGUGCCGAGAUCCUCGACUCAGAGGGUCAGCGCCAGAGCGCAAUCAAUAUUGCCGAGGGACGAAAGCAAUCCGUUAUCCUUGCUUCGGAAGCUCUGCGCGCCGAGGCGAUUAAUCUGGCGACUGGUGAGUCUGAGGCUAUUCAGCUGAAGGCACAAGCUACCGCUCGGGGUAUUGAGGCCGUUGCGAAGGCUAUUCAAGAAGGUCAGGAGAAUGCUCAGAGCGCUAUUAGCUUGAGCGUUGCUGAGAAGUAUGUCGAGGCGUUCUCCAAGUUGGCUAAGGAGGGUACAUCGGUUGUUGUACCGGGUAAUGUUGGUGAUAUCGGUGGUAUGAUUGCCAGUGCUAUGGCUGUUUACGGAAAGGUCAGUGAGAGUCAGGCUAGAAGCAUUGCUGCUAAGGCUAUUGGUGCUCCGGAGUCCGAGAAGUCUGCUCCCAGCGAGACACAGAACCAGACCCAACUUGAGACUGAGGGUGUUGAGACGGAAGCUUUGCCCAACGAGGUUACCGAGAGUGUCUUGAAAUCCUUCGAUGAGGCCAGCCAACGAGUCAAGGAGUAA